AUGACCAAGAAAGUAACGGCGAAAAAUGAACAAGUAUCGGAGAAAGUGUCAAAGAAAGUUAUCGAAACCAGUUCGUCCUGUUUGGAGAAUCAGCGAGUAUAUACCUACAUCCAAAGCCGCUUCUACCGUGCCCCUGAGGUCAUCUUGGUAGCUAAGUAUGGGAUGGCCAUUGAUAUCUGGUCUCUCGGGUGUAUCUUGGCCGAGCUGCUCACUGGCUAUCCUCUAUUGCCUGGCGAGGACGAGGCAGACCAGUUGGCGUGCAUCAUUGAGCUGCUUGGGAUGCCGCCUACCAAGCUGCUGGAGCAGAGUAAACGUGCCAAGAACUUCAUCACCAGUAAGGGUUACCCUCGGUACUGUGUCACCCGUACCCUCCCUGAUGGCUCUACCAUCCUACAUGGUGGACAGUCCCGCAGAGGCAAGCCCCGCGGACCACCUGGCUCAAAGUCCCUGCAGACGGCGCUCAAGGGUUGCAAUGACCCCCUCUUCUUGGACUUCAUCCAGCGGUGUCUUGACUGGGACCCGGCGACACGCAUGACACCCAGCCAGGCCCUCCGUCAUGGCUGGCUACGUCGACGACUGCCCAAACCUCCAUCUGAAAAGAGUGAUUCUCCUGCCUCUACCCUCCGCACGCCUUCAUCCUCCUCGUCCUCCCGCACACCCUCCUCUGCCACCAAGCUCAACACCAUCGCCACGUCAGCCACCAAAUUGCGGGCCACCAUUACGGACGAUGGGGGCGCCUCCACCAUGCACCCGCGGCACCACACCAAGCUACCACAGAUCACCAACCCGGUGACCUGAGCCCCGCCGCCCCUCCUCAUCAAUAAGCACCACCAACCCUCACGCCCAGUGGUGCGGCCCACACCCUCUGGUGAUGCUCUACACACACAGGGGGCCACGCCGCUCACAUAUCUCCAGACCAAAGUGCAAUUGUGGCAGUAUUGGGCACGUGCAGAGUGAACUGCGGCGGGUGGGCGCGGCGUGUGAGGCGGGACACUCGCCCACGCCGCCACCCCCUGGCACACACACCCGCUGCCAGAACCACGCCCGCCGCCACACCCACUAGUCGUUGAGCACGGGCAACAUCCUAGGCUUAGUGCUGCUGCUGCGCCACCCUCCACCACCCAUAUUUAUUCCUGAUGAAGACAAUGAGGAGGGUGGCUGGGCGCCAAGGCUGCUCCUCCACCACCCAGGGGGUGGGGGGGCAGCGCCCACACAUUAUUUGGUUGAUAUUACAACUUCUCUAUGAUCUCGCCUUGUUCACAAAGGGCGGUGUGCGGGCGGUGGUGCGGGUGGCACGGUGCUGGACGCUGCUAUGCCCACGCCCAACCCAGACUCUCACACACACCCGCCCGCCCCCGCCCACACCCACAGUCAACCUCCUGGUUUGGUAAUGCAAUCAAAACCUUAUGGUAUUAACGACUGGGGAUGAAGACUUUAUACUCAUUUUAUACUUAGCACAAUGGAAAAUUUCAUCGAAGAUGAUGGUGUGUGACAAUUCACAGAUUUUGUUGUUUUUUAGAAUUUACACAAAUUGCAUUUUAUUUAGAGAAGAAAACAUUAUAAGAAGUGCAGUAACAUAUUAUUGUGGGUCUCUUGAGCUUCUCUCUGUUGAGUCAGAGCAGCAGGAGCUGUGGUGCAGAGUGUCAGUAGUGGCGCUGACAUGCAGGUCAUGGGCGCUCACCUUCCUCACCUCAUUUAUAUCUCGCUCUCAAGUUAGGGUCAAAGGUCAAUGGCCUUCUGUGGGGGGUCAGGAAACUUUUUUGUGUAUCUGGGGUUAGUAACUUUUCUCAGUCCACCUGGGUCAGACCCCAGUACCACUUGACCUUUUACCUGGGGUCAGAGUUCAGGCACACUUUCAUUCAUACCUUUGGGGUCAAGGGUUAUCAUAGGGGAUAGGUCAUCAUGUUCUAUCUGUACAAGUUGGUUAUGUUUGGCUCAUUCCCUGCAUAGUCAUUGUUAAAGACCUUAUACUCCACCGUGGUGUCACAGACCAGUGCUCAAGACACAAGUCAUGCCAAUGGUUCCUCACCCACUGUAGAGCAGUGACUCCAUACUUAACCUGACCUGACCUGUUCCCCCUUAGUUGAACUGAAGCUGACUGGCUCUGACACUCACAGCCCUGCCGUCUGCCAGUAAUCACAUGGGCAGUGAGGCUGCCUGGCCCUCUGCCCACCACCACACUGAGGCCCACUGGCUCUCUGCCCACUCAGGGACUAUGGUUGGCCUGGCCGGCACCACCUUCACCACCACCACCCUCACCACCACCACAAACUCAGCCAAAAGAAAGCAAUAUAUUGAUUAAACUGUAAACUCCUACAACCUUCACUAUGUUGGUUAAAACUCACAUAUAUCAGUAGUGCAAUAUGGUUAUUGAUUAAGCCUUUAUAUGCCUACGAAUCUCAGAGUCAUGGAGGUGGCACAAGGAAGUGACAUGUUUGUUAGUGCCGUUGCUGCUGCACCCGGUUAUGCUGCACGAUGGGAGAGAUUGCCAGAUGCUGGUUACAGCAGAGCUUUGGUCAGCCCACCUGCACCAUGGGCCUAUCUGGGCUGAGAUUAAGACACGAUUGGGAUCUUUGAGUUGACAUUACAAUUAUCUGUGUUAGUAUUCAGUUCUCCCUUUGUAGUGUUUCUCCAUGUUGGAUGAAACUUUUUCUACAAAGGUGUUGAAGCAACUUUCGUUUGGCAUUUAAGUAGAUAAGGGUGAUUUAUUGAGGUGUUGCACUACCUUAUUUGCUCAUAUGGUAGGCCUAUGUUUUUUUACCUAUCAUUUAUUUGAUAAUUCUUACUGUGUGACUAUCACGAUGGUUCCCUCUGAAAGAUUAUCACAACUAAGAUCUUAAUUUUUUCUUUAAAUAGUAUUUAUUACAAUUUUUCUUUUACUCUGACAAUCGUGGCUGUCUUCGCGCCUGCCAAAGUUUAACUGCAUCUUACGGGUUAAUCAGUCAUUAUGUCAGAAGUAUUAGUGUUGUGUGCGAGGUGUGACUUGUAUCAUAAUGCAGACUGCCACAGUGGACGUGCUGAGAUGUUGCUUGGAUCAGCCUCAGAGUCCUUAUGUGCGCUUCACCACCAGGAACUAAAAUUUGGUUCAGAUGUCGACUUGAUAAUAACUUGAAAAAAAAAUACAAAAAAUUGGUUUUGAAAGUCGACACUGUGAGAAUAUUUUUUUCAGAUGAAGUGAUAGUGUUCCUUUUGUGUGAAGAUGAUGUAGUUCAUUUUUUGUAAGAAGUGCAAUAUUUUGUAGAAAAACAAGGGACAGCAUACUUUGUCGGCAAAGCGUUUGGAUUGCAUGUCUGGAUCACAUAUAGUGCAAUGAUUCCACAAGUCAGCAUCAAAUGAAACCAAAACUUGAGAUUGCUUUAGGCUAAGUUCCUGUCCCUUGAGGAUGGGAACAUGUUAAAUUUGAAGAUUAUAUAUAUGCUGAUGAUGAUGUGAGUCUUGUGAGAGAGUGACAAGACAUGCAGGGUGUUGUUGUAGUGUAGUGAGAGGCCUGAGCAGCCAUCCUAUAUGUACACAGUAUGGACCACUGGCCAAUCAUCAGUGCUAGGUAGGGGCGAUUGUUAAGUGUCCAAUUGACCUGACAAUUACCAAUAUAAAUUAUGUAAGACUGACAGAUCAAAGUGUUGUAAUACAGACAAAGGACAAGUUCAUAACACAUCAGGAGUUACUCAAAAUGAAGACUUUACUCUCACAAGAAGAAUGACUGACAUACAUUUUGGCUGUAAGUCCAUUAACCCUUGUAUCUUAUCAUCUAUGCUGAGGAACAAAAGCAUCUAUUACGGUAUGCAAAAUAUUUUAAGAAUAUAUUUGGUAGGAUUUUUUCCUUUGAAAUACUAGUGAUUAUUACUACUGUACACUAUAAUGAUUGACCACUGUGGAAUUAUUUACAUGUACUAUACUGCACAGUUUUAUGUGUAUGCAUAAUUUAAUUGAUCUUGAAAGACAUUGCACACUUACGAGAAACAAUGAAAAAUAUUAUUGCUAAAUAUUUUUCCAUGAUAAAAUAUGACAUUAAUUGUGAAGUGAUACUGUAUGCUGUUAGGUACUCAUUUUCAGACUUAUUUGUGCAAUCAUGUAAGUGUAAGGACAGGUUCUCUCAUAGAGGAAGUAUUCUCCACUCCACUCAUACAGGAGGAUUGUGCUCGUAUACACCAUGAAUAUGUGCAAAAAUCCAACACACUGAAACCUUAGGUUACAAGAAAAAAUCAAAUGAAAAAGCUCAACAAAUAUAUAAGAAAAAGUCAGAGAAAUGAUGUUUAGUUAACAUAUUAUAUAAGGUAACAUUUAUGUGUAUAGUGAAUAACAAGUGUUGUAUCAUGGUUUAUUGUUUUAUAGUUUACACUAUAUAAACACAGAUUUUAAAAUUUUAUAAUUUAAUCUUUUACCCUAUACUGUACAGUACUGUACAACACAAGUAUUAACUUAAUGGAGUAAUUCCUUUGCACUUUUGGCAUUUUUACUUUUUAAUCUCCCGUUUUAUUGCACAGGGUGUCUAUAAUUUAUUCACCUGAUUAUGAAGCUCAAUAUAAGUUUUACUGCAAAGAUAUCAUAAAACAGUUUGCAGCAAUUAAUAAAGUAACUUAGGUAAUCUUUUGACAAGUGCGCGAUUUCCGUACUCAUUGGAUCGGGCAUGAUGGUCCCAUUCUGUAGCCUCCUCGUUCCCUGGACAUCACGCCUAUGGAUUUCUUUUUAUGGGGCUACUUUAAGGACAAGGUAUAUGUGAAUUAAGUUUAAUAAUAUCACAGAGUUAAGACACCGGAUUGAAGAGGCACUGGCUUCCAUCACGCUUGACAUGUUUCAUAACACCUGGAAUGAAAUCAACUGCCGUCUUGAUAUUCUACGCGCUACUAAAGGCGCCCAUGUGGAGGUUUACUGAAGUGCAGUUAUGUGUGCCAAAUACAUGUCAAAAGAUUACCUGAAUUGCUUUAUUAAUUGCUGCAAACUGUUUUAUGAUAUAUUUGCAGUAAAACUUUUUUUGAGCUCCAUAAUCAGGUGAAUGAAUUAUAAACACCCUGUAUUUGGUACAAUUCCUUUAUUCCGAACACUCUUAAACUUGACUACUAUUGGAGACAAGUUCAAUUGGUUACCUCCAGUAACUCAUUAGUGACUAAGCAAACUCACACAUCUAAUGACUCAGACUUGCUCCUCUGAAUGAUGUACCUGUAUGCAUUGGAAAAUGGACUUACGCUUGCUAUUAUCUAUUGACAUGUAAUAAACUUACUGGUGAAUAAUAACUUACUUAACUCACACAUGACAACAAAUGUUAUAUUUUUAAAAAUUUCAUUUGAUAGUUGGUUAAAUUUUGACAGGAUUGUUACAACAAGUAUACAGAUAUAUGACAACAAAUGUUAUAUUUUUAAAAAUGACUAAACCUUACGGUCAGGACAAAUGAGAGAGGUAUGUUAUGGUAAUGAGUGUGAACAGAUCAACAUCCCCCAUGAGUCCCAACUGAACAUGUGUACACAUUUAUAGGGCUUUUGGCAGUGUACAUAAAUUGUCACAAAUGUACAUAGAGGCCAAGUGCUGCCCUCUUCGUCUGUGUUGUGUUUCAGGCAUUUGUUCGCUCAUUCGUCCGUGCGCACUCUGACUCGCUGCUUCCCAUGACUCAUCAUCCAGUCAGCUCCCAUAAGUCUUCGUACUCAGCUCUUUUCAUGUCUCAUAGAUCCUGGCCUCAUGAAUUCACAGCAUCAGUCAACAUUAUAGUUUUAGCUUUCCGUCAUGUGAUACUGUUGGAGCCUAAGUCAGAGUUGCCUUGGACGAAUGUGACUGCUUCUUGUAUAUCAUUUUCUCCAGCACUCAUCGCUCCAUCCCUGGUCAUCUGGAUGAAGACAGUAGACCUUUAGGCUUGAUGAAUCAAGGACACAACUCCAUCAUUUAGCAAACAUGUAAAAACUGUCUUCAUCGGCUGUACAGGGUGUUUCAAAAUUUUCCUCAUCUUAGACAGGGUGAGGAGGGCUUAGUCACACUGAUGGUCAGCCACUCCGCCCUUCAUAUUUACAUAUUGUACACAUGCUGUAAGACACUGUAAUAUAGAUGUCUGAUAUAGUUAUCAGUUUUGUGGAGAAUACUGUACAUAAUUUUUUAGGAGAGUUGGAGUCCCUUGUACGACGCUCACCAACCAGAGAAUGCCAAGUGAAUGUGUUUUUGUAUAAAAAUGAAUGUGCUGAUCAUAGACACCUCAUCCCCCCCACCCCCCACCUUUUGAUAUUUUUGUUUCAUCAAAAAUUCACAAAGGGUUGAUAAAACAGUCAACGUUUUAAGCAGUAUGUAUAGAAUAAUGCAAAAUAUUUCUUACCAACGUGUUGGUAGAAUGGUCUUUCUUUUUUUAAUUUUGUGAUAACUGUAAAGAGUACUGUCAUGCUGUACAUGAAGAAAACAUUUGUAAAAACAAAAUCCGCCCCAUAGGACGGAUGAAAUAAAGACUAGAAUGUGUAGAAACAUAAUUUCUGUGUUGUUAGGCAUCAAUAAACAAAGUAUUCAUG